AUGACCAAUUGGACAGCAAUCAAUAACGCAUUGUUCAAAUGUGACUUCGUCGAAACGGAAUGCAAAUUGAAAAAUCAGACUAAACGAUAUAUUCAUAUGCAAAUAGCGGAGCAGAAGCCAACAACAGAGACUCAUCUCAAUCCCAAAAAUAAUCCGGACGUCGUUUUGAUGGUGAUUGACUCCGUGGCUUCAACGCAACUGAUA